UAUAUAUUGCUUGAAGCUUAAGCUGUUUGUUUAUGUUUUGACUUGCCUCAUAUAAAUUUCAUUUCAUUUUUUGAUUCUGUGGAAGUUUCUCAUUUAAGAUCAAUUAAUCAUGUCUUAUAUGAUAGCUCAUCUUCACAAUGGCUGGCAAGUUGACCAGGCCAUUCUUAGUGAAGAGGAUAGAGUUGUAGUCAUUAGAUUUGGUCAUGAUUGGGACCCAACAUGCAUGAAAAUGGAUGAAGUUCUUUACAGCAUCGCUGAAAAGUGUAAAAAUUUUGCUGCUAUUUAUUUGGUUGAUAUCACAGAAGUUCCAGAUUUCAAUAAAAUGUAUGAAUUGUAUGACCCAUGUACAGUCAUGUUUUUCUUCCGAAAUAAACACAUCAUGAUCGAUUUGGGCACUGGAAAUAACAACAAAAUUAACUGGGCAUUGGAAGAUAAACAAGAGAUGGUGGAUAUAAUUGAAACAGUUUACCGUGGUGCCAGAAAAGGUAGAGGUCUGGUCGUCUCACCAAAAGAUUAUUCAACUAAAUAUCGAUAUUGAAUAUGUUUAUUUGAAUGUUGUCAACGAAUACAUUUGCAUUCCGUUGUUGCUGAUACAAUAAUUAUCAAACUACCAUCUUUCAAAAUUGCAACAUACGUAAAGAUUUUGAUUCAGCCAAAAAAUUGGUAAUAAAUGUUUACCUGUGCUCAUUCACCUAAUUCUAAUAUUCUCUGGUUUAAUCCAGUCUAUAAAUAUGGAAUGUCUCAAUAAAAUUUGAAUGGUUCAACGCAGAAUUUCAA